AUGAUCGAAGCUUUUAAAAAAUUAUUUUCUCGGGUCGGAAUAAUACCCUGGAAACUUUUAACAGAUCAAGGAUUAGAAUUCACUGCAAAAUUUGUACAAAAAUAUUUUCGCUCAAUAGAUAUGGAACACUUCUCAAUGCUCACUUCCCCCGUAUGGCAUGCAGGCAUGGCUGAGAGGGCUAAUCGUAGUAUCAAAGAGCGACUUUACCGUUAUUUUACAGAGAAUAAAACUUUAAAAUGGUUAGACGUUAUCCAGAAAAUUGUUUUGUCCAUUAAUCGUUCUUUUAACUCUAGUAUUGACAUGAGACCUAUUGAUGUGAAUUAUAAAAAUGCAGAACGCUUGCGCUUAUUUUUAAAACAAAAGGCAGUUGCAAAACACGCGCCAUCAAGUUGGAGAAAUAAAAAAUUUUCUGUUGGGGAUAAUGUUCGUAUAGAAAAAUAUAAACAUAUUUUCCAAAAAGGAUACCUACCAAAUUUUACAAAUGAAAUUUUCAUUAUUGACCAGGUUCGAUUGGUUCCCCAUCAACCUCCAACUUAUAAAAUUCGCGAUCGUAAAGGGGAAGAAAUUCUUGGGUGGUUUUAUGGGAAUGAUUUAAUUCUCGUUAAAGAACUUAAAAAGAAUGAGAAUAUUUAUGACAUUGAAAAGGUUUUGAGAAAAAGGAAACGAAAUGGUGUGGAUUAUCUUUUCGUAAAAUGGAAGGAUUAUGGGUCUGAACAUAACAGUUGGAUACCUGCUAACUCUGUUCUUUGGAGAUAA